AUGGCUAACAGAAAAUUACAAACCGAAAUAGAUCGUGUACUCAAAAAAGUUGCUGAAGGGGUGGAAACUUUUGAAGGGAUUUUUAUAAAAAUCCAAGCCACCACGAACUCGAAUCAAAAAGAAAAAUUGGAACAAGAUUUGAAAAAAGAAAUUAAGAAGUUGCAAAGACAUCGCGAUCAAAUAAAAACAUGGAUAUCCUCAAAUGAUAUAAAGGAUAAACGAGCAUUGCUCGACAAUCGACGUUUGAUUGAACAGCAAAUGGAAAAAUUCAAGGCAUGUGAGAAAGAGAUGAAAACGAAAGCUUAUUCUAAGGAAGGUCUUCAACAAUCAAUAAAGAUGGAUCCGAAAGAAAAAGAAAAGAUUGAUACCUGUGAUUUUGUAUCAAAUCAAAUUGAUGCACUUGCAACACAAAUUGAAACUGCUGAAGCUGAAGUUGAACAAUUACAAGGUGCUGUUAAAAAGGGUCGAAAAGAUUCAUCAAAAGCUGAUAGAUUAGGUGAAGUAGAGAUUAUGAUAGAACGACAUAAAUUUCAUGUUAAUAGAUUAGAAUUAAUAUUACGAUUACUUGAGAAUGAAGAAAUCAAGUUUUAUGUGGAAUGUAAUCAGGAUCCCGAUUUUGCUGAAGAUGAAAACAUAUACGAUGAAUUAAAUCUCGAAGAAGAAGAAGAACUAUGGGGAAUUACGAAUGAUGAUCAUCACAGUAAUGAUGAAUCUAAUUCAGAUGAACCUCGUUCACCAUCUAAAGAACCUUCAAGUCCAACGACUUCACCAACGACGAGAGUAUCAGCUCCUACUAAAGCACCAGCACCUGUACCUUCAAGAAAAAAAAUCAAACUUCCACCGCCUCCACCAAUAUUAACUGGUCCUUCGGUAAUUUCUCCACCACCUUCUGCUACAUUUACACCACCACCAAAAUCUGCACCUCUUACUGGACAAAUUCGAACAGUGGCUGCAGUGGCUAAACAAGGCAUACAGGAUACCCCACAAGCCACUUCAACGCCACAACGUUUCCCAAUAGUAAACCCAGCACCAACGAUACAAGAACAUCCAAUUCCAACAUCAGCACCUCAACCACCAUCCGCUCUAUCUUCAGAUAUACCUAAUUCAUCCGACCCGAAACAAGAAGGAUCUUCAAAUAAUGAAACAUCAUCAACAUCAUCCGGGGAAAACCGUAUACCAGCAGUAUUAUCAGAUUUAGUACAAUCAUUUGAAGCAGCCGAAGAGAAAUUCAUGGGUAAAGAAGAUAGUUUUCAUAUUCAACAAAUGUUGGACACAAGUCUUCAAUAUAUUCCGGAUAGUAUAGAUUCUGAAAGGCCCAAGUAUUAUGUUCCUAAAACUCCAUAUCAGACGCCAUCGUACUUUCCACAAACCCCAACUCCAAUGUUAGAUAAUCCUGCAUCAUUUGAAAAAUUCGACAUUGAUACAUUAUUUUUCAUUUUUUAUUAUCAGCAAGGAACUUAUCAACAAUAUCUUGCUGCUAGAGAAUUGAAAAAACAGUCAUGGAGAUUUCACAAAAAAUAUUUAACGUGGUUUCAAAGACAUGAAGAGCCUAAGGCAAUAACGGAUGAAUAUGAGCAAGGUACAUAUAUUUAUUUCGAUUAUGAAGGUGCUUGGUGUCAGCGUAAAAAGACAGAAUUCAGAUCAGUGACCCAAUCAUCACUAGAAGAAUACCUUCAAAUUACUCGAAGGCAAGGUAGAACCCUUGAAGAUUUGAAAAUAACUAUUGAAGACUAG